AUGCCUUACUCAUCAACCCUGCCAAUUUGUGAAAACAUUUCUGAAACUUUAUACACGGUCAAUGCCGGCAACCCUCUGAAUCUAACUAGCACACUGGGUCAUGCCUUGAAUUAUACGUCUUUCUGGGUUGCGUCCUCGAAGGGCCCAUGCGCAGUGACCGAUAUCUAUGGGAACGUCAAAAUUUCCAACUGUAACCUGAGUCUACCGGCUCUCUGUACACAGUCUGCACCGUUUGCUAACUCAACUUAUACGGACACUACAUCGAAGUAUCAAGUGACAGUUAAUACUGGUAACCAAGCAAUCACUGGGUUUCGUGACCGGAGAACCUUUCGAUUCCAAGGUAUCAGAUACGCAGCACAGCCUGAGCGAUUUACGUAUUCUCAGGUUUACAAUGAGACUGCGGCCCUGUCUGCACUCUCCUACGGUCAAUCGUGCCUACAAGCCGGCACCACAGGAAUCGCCGGAGGAGAAGACUGUUUGUUUUUGAACAUAUACACCCCUCACUUGCCAAGCAACGGGUCUGAUUCAACCAACUUGAAGCCUGUUUUGUUUUUUAUACAUGGUGGAGGUUUUGUUUCAGGGUCAGGUGCUGACCCUGAAUAUGAUGGGGGAAACAUGGCUUCAAGAGGCGACGUUGUCGUUGUGUCAAUCAACUAUCGGCUAGGCAUUUUUGGCUUCUUAGCUCUUGAUGAUGGCAUAACCAACGGUAAUUUUGGCAUUGCAGACCAGAUUACAGCUCUAGACUGGGUUAGGGCCAACAUUGCUGCUUUCGGUGGUGAUGCGAAUCUCAUCACUCUUAUCGGGCAGUCUGCAGGAGCAGCAUCUGUCCGGCAGCUUUUGACAUCUCCGCCGGCGGUUGGUAAAUUCACUGGGGCUAUAGUUCAGAGUGAUCCUCUGGGGCUUGGAGAGUUUUAUAAUUACAUGAGCAUCCCGACUAUUGAAGAAGAGGUUGUAGCGAUAGUGGACCCUGUCCUGGAGUCUACAGGUUGCGCCAAUGCAACAUCACAAGUGAGCUGCUUACGCUCGGUCAGCGCAGACGAGUUGCUUAUAACUAAUCUUCCGUAUCUUGUCGUCGAUGGAACCUAUAUUACUCAGUCUAACAUAACUUUCAACACUUCCCUCCCACAUGCUAAGGUCAAUAUUCUUGCUGGUAUGCUACAUGACGAUAUGGCGGGCCUUAUUUCAUACCCAAACACUACAAACAUUUCACAGGCUAUCGAAGCCAUUGGGUAUAACGCUGCCGUUGUUCUUGAUAAUCCGUCUCUAUUCCCGGAACCAACAGGAAGUAACGCAACCACUAAUAUUUUCAAUGUAACGUCGCAUUUAUCUACCGAUUAUGGUUUUAGAUGUGUCAAUCACGCAUAUGCAGUCUCUGCGGUUUCAGACGGAUUUUUCGAAAGCUACUGGUUCUAUCAAUUUGAAAGAUCGUAUCAAUAUAUAGAGUUCGAUCCUAAUGCUCCAGUAUGUCAAGCGCCAGUGGAUCAAGAACACCCGUACGGUGAUACAUCUCUGCCAUAUUUUAGGUGCCACGGCGGAGAUAUACUUUAUUCCUUUGGAAAUAUCGAAUUCGUGGGAGUCCCCUUGCGUGAUAACAUUGAUCUGCCAUUUGAACAGUACAUCUUAGAUUUGUGGGCUUCCUUCACGAGGACUAGCAAUCCAAAUCCCACCUCGGACUAUCUGUCAGCUCGGGGAUACACUUCCACAUUGGAUCAAGUAACAGCCUCCGGAGGGACUUGGCAAUCUGUCACAUCUUCAAGCGCUACAUUGAGAAGCCUAGAUUGGCCGUCGUCACAGAUAGCAUUUGAUGAAGCUUCACAAUGCGAUGUUCUCGAUAUACCCCUGGAUUACUUUUCGUAG